GACUGAYACACAUGAACGAAGAGAUUUKSGCUACGGUUGCGUUGAUUCACGAUGUUUUAAUUUUUUCUCAACCAAAAACAUAUUAACAAUGAACCUCCCCAUGAUAUAAUGAGAAUCUUUUAGUUAUGAAAAGUCGGGUCGUACCCUCAGAAGACAACGAAGAAUCGAAAAACCAUUCCAUGGAGCUGCAAGCCAUCUCAACUGGAGACGAUCCAUACAGCGUUGAUCCGUACGACUUGGAAGACGACGAUGUAUCGCCGCAACAAAGUGUUAGUCGACAUCUCCCGAGUAGAGCCAAUACAACUCGACAUGGGACGGUACGUAGAAGACACUCUUCUAAACGUAGAGGGUCAAUUGCAGUGGAAGAUAUGGAAAUUGAUCAGCAAGAUCUGGAACCUGUCGAAAGCGUCAAAGCAAUUGCUGCCCCUAUGCAGCAAAAGAGAGAGAUGAGGAAAAACCAGGCACAAACUGUGAAACAUAUAUCAUGUUGGAAAGGUUUCAAGCUACAGACAUCAAUGGCCUUCCAUAGAUUUUUUGCUGGUGUAAAGGAGUUUUUUCAGGACAUUGAGCUUUGGAAAGGUCAUCUCAAACAAGUUGAAGGUCGAUUUGGAAAUGGAGUGGUUUCUUAUUUUCUCUUUCUCAAAUGGAUGUUAUUUCUCAAUUUAUUCUUAUUUUUGAUUGUGUUUGGUUUUGUUGGCAUUCCUACUAUUGUAGCUGAUUAUCACCCUGUUACAUAUGACAAUAUAAGUACAGCUCAAAGUACGAAUAGCUGCGUAUUUGGUUAUCCAUCAGACAGAUACGCCAAGACCAGUGUGGAUAGCUUGAUUGUGGAUUUCAUCACAGGCCAGGGAUGGAUUAAUACCACAAUAAUGUUCUACAGUAAUUAUCCCUUUAAUCAGAAACUUAAAGUGAAUGAUGCAGAAUACAAUUUGCCAUUGGCCUAUGUGCUUGUUGGUGGUGCUUAUUUCUUUGUUAGCUUACUGAUGAUGGUCAAAAACUUAACACAGAGUUUUGAAGAGAGCUACAUCGAAGGUGGUGGCACAUUCUACUCCUAUUGCAACAAAGUCUUUGCUUCCUGGGAUUACUGUAUUGAAGAUGAAAAUACUGCUAACGUGAAGAGUCAAAACAUCUAUCAGGAUAUUAAUGCUGAAUUAGCAGAAGAAGAGAGACUUGAAAAAGUGCAAAGYCGUACAACUGCCACAAAAGUUAAGCUUUACUCUUUAAGAAUAUUGAUCUCUUUCUUGGUAAUGGCUCUUCUUGGUGGUGCUAUCUAUGCUAUUUAUGCAACAGUUGAAGUCUCUACUAAUCCUGAGUACCAAAAUAGCGUUGAGUCCAAUCUUGUGAAAACCAUUAUCAGAUCUGCUCCUUCACUAACAAUCACAGCUCUCAACUUGAUUCUUCCACCAUUCUUCCAAAUCCUUUCUCAAGCAGAAGACUGGAGUCCGAGGUUUGAAGUGGCUCUAAAUCUGUGGAGGACUGUUUUGCUGAGACUGGCCUCAGUGGCCGUGUUGAUGAUCACCCUUUAUGCAGAUGUUGGAGCACGRUGCACAGAAGGCAAUUCACAGAAGUGCUGCAGGCAGAGUUGGGAGAAUGAGAUAGCWUCACAGAUGUACAUGUUGAUAUGGAUUGACUUGUUUGUUGUGUUUCUCACAACUGCUUUAAUGGAAACCAUAAGAAAACUUCUACACAAGCAUACAAAGUUGUUCAGAAAGCUGAAUGUCAUGCCAGAGUUCCAGAUACCUAAAAACGUACUUGAUUUAGUGUAUGGACAGUGUCUUAUCUGGAUCGGAACAUUUUUUAGCCCACUUAUUCCAGCAAUGGGAGUAGUGAAGCUAUUUCUAACAUUUUAUCUGAAAAAGGUGAGCUUAAUGUACAACAAUAAACCAUCCAAUAGACCAUACCAGGGAGCCAGGUCCAACUACUUGUUCACUGUCCUACUUCUCAUCACCUUUUUUAUGUGCCUUGUUGCUGUUGGCUGGGGCAUUACCAGAGUUCGCCCUUCUUGCCAUGGACCUUUCAGGAAUGACUACUGCGCAGACCGUGAAAUCAUCGAUCUUGUUGGAGAAGUUAUUAGCACGUGGCCGAGUGCUUUAAAAGAAAUUAUCAAUUAUAUCAGUACUGCUGCUUUCAUCUUUCCUGGACUCAUGAUAUUCUUCCUACUGAUCUACUACUUUAGAUCAAUGAUGAAAGUCCAUUUACAGAUGAUAGAAAUGUUGAAGGAUCAACUUGUUCUGGAAGGACGAGAUAAACGUUACUUGAUGGAGAAACUCAUUUCAUCUACAAAGCGAGCACCAAUAGAUGAAGAUGAUGAGGAGGAAGAGGCUGGUUCUCAAGUCACUCGGGAUACCAACAUCCCUCCUUCUCGAAACGUGAAUUUCUAAUAUGCUCCAGACAUGUUGAAUAUCACUUGACGUGUGAUGUGGUCAGAAUUAUGUACAUAGGGAUUGAAUAUGUUCUCAUAUACCAAUAUUUAUAGAUUUAUAGUCGUCUAUGCAUGUGUUAUAGACUUGUAUUUAAGGCUGUGCCUUUCUAAAAGCAAGAGUAAACUAGAAAGRAACACCUAGUUUCUCUUGCAAACGUUUUCAGUAAAAGGUUUGGAAAGUAAGAUCAUAAUCAGAAGAGUUUUGAAAAGAUUGCGAAUAUCACACUCAGAUGGAGAUUUUUGAAGCGUGAGCUGGAUCGUUUUAUAUCUGUUCAUACUUGUGAACUUCAAUCUAUAAUAUAUGCAUGCAUAGACAAGACUUCAUCAGGAAUAUCGUGAAAGGGGCUGUUUAUAUAUGKUAAGUCAGUCUUGUCUUGGGAAACAUAAAACUAGCGAUCUGGGAAGACUUACCACCAUAUUGAUAUCCCCAGCAGAUUUCUAUAUUCAKUCACCAGUUUCGAUAGUCCUUUAGGUUUGAAUAGCCUGAACAGUAUUAAUAAGAUUCAAUCUGUAAACGUAAUAAUUUUUAGAUUUUUAUCACUAGGACGCAUUAUUUGGCACAAUUUUUUUGUAACCUUAAUAGGUUUAAUAAUUUAUUAUAAAUUAACAUUAAUCCCUGAUUACGGUAGGGUUUGCACRGCACACAUUUUAUUAGCACGUAUUUUAUUAGAUUUGUGAACUUCUUGUUCACUCGUAACUUAUUCACAAAAUGUUUCAAAGAAGCAAAAUAAUACAGCAAUUCAAAUACACAAGGGUUUCGGCAGCUGUCACGGUCAAUUAUAGCGGACAUAGGCAAUGUCUGCAUAAGAAAAGAAGUUAGGAAGUGAAAUAUGAGAGGGAGGCUUUUAAAGCGUCAUUGAUAAAUUAUAAGAGGUAGUUUCAAGACAGCAAACACUUGUUAAGUUACCGUACUUACAGAAAUUGAAGAUUAUGAUUUUUAGUCCUUUAUACUCCUAUAUUAUUUUCUGGGUGAUAAUUAUUUUUAUACUUGAGAGACCUCGAUUUUAGUUUGCAAAUUUGAUAAGAAGAAAGAGUGAAAUGAGGCCGGUUUUCGUGUCCUUCCCCUAAAACACAUCGUUCACURCAAAUUACUACCSAUUGUCCCACUUGUCAGGUUUGUAAGUAGUUUUUAGGUAAAGACUAGAAGGCCCUUGUACUUCGUAGAGUGGAAUAAAGUAUUUUUCUACAUA